AUGGAUUGCACCUGCCGUACAGCCGCCCUGCGCAUUUUUGUGCGAAGUAUCGCCCAGAUCCAUGCCCCUCCCCGGCCGCCACCAGCAGCAACGCGCCUUAUCUUCUCACAAGUCUUCGCCGCACAAAACCAGCCAAUCAUCCCCGAAGCAAGAUUUGCGCUUUCCCCUCGAUUCCUUCACACAUCAUGUGCUCGGUAUAAUGAAGCCGAAAGCGGCGAGCCCGCAAAGGCGACAGCGUCAGAAAUAACUAGCUCGUCCGAGUCAAAGGCAGAGUCAACGCCCAAGGCUGAAGAGAGGCCUACCGCUACGUUGGACGAGAGAAACGAGGAGAGCAAGCCCAAAAAAAAGAAGAAGACGGCAAAGAACGCAAAAGAGUUGAAACCAAAGGAGGAAGACGAUAAACCCAAAAAGCAGAAAGAGCCUUGGAUGAUCCAGAAAGAGGCUCUCAAGAAAAAAUUCCCCGAGGGGUGGAAUCCGCGCAAGCGUCUCUCCCCCGACGCCAUUGUCGGCAUUCGCAUGCUGCACAAGGCGUUCCCCGACGAGUACACGACGCCCGUGCUCGCACAGAAGUUUGAGGUUUCGCCCGAGGCCAUCCGGCGCAUCCUGCGCAGCAAGUGGGAGCCAACGGAGGAGGAAGAGUUGGAGCGGCAGGAGCGCUGGUUCCGGCGCGGCAUUCGGGUCUGGCAGCGCUGGGCCGAGCUCGGCAAGAAGCCGCCGCGUAGAUGGCGUGAGCAGGGAGUCGUGCGCGAUCCGUACUGGAAUGUACCGCGCGGGCCAACACAUAAGGAUAAAGUGGCUAGGGCCGAGGCGCAGAGACAGUUGUCGAAGAAUAUGUUGGGUUAA